AUGGAAAAACCAGUUCUCAGUACUGUCUUGCUGGUUAUGGCAUUGGCUGUGGGUCUCCUGGCUCAUUACAUAAUACCACAGCUACGAAAACAUCAUCCAUGGCUAUGGAUUGCACAACCACUGCUGCAAAAUAAAGAAUACAGACAGAGAGAAAUCACUGAUGCUGCUCAGUUAAUGUGGUUUGAAAAGCUUUAUAUUUGGCUUGUCUGUUUUGAAAAAUAUAUCUUAUACCCAUCAAUCAUUUUAAAUGCAGUUACUACUGAAGCCUUAUCAAUCAGUGGUUUCAAACGGUUUGGAAAACAAUUUGAUGCUUUUAUGAUAGCAGUAUCUGGAAUGAAGCUACUGCGCUCUGUUUUUUGUAAUCCUUCACAGCAAUAUAUCACAUUAGGAUUCACAGUUAUAUUUUUUCAAUUUGAUUACGGUUCUAUUUCGGAAAGUUUUUUAUUGGAUUUUUAUGUUAUUUCCAUUAUAUUUUACAAGAUUUGUGACCUUCUUCAAAAACUACAAUAUGUCUUAACAUAUGUUGCACCAUGGCAAAUAGCUUGGGGAUCGUCAUUUCAUGUGUUUGCCCAGUUUUUUGCUGUACCACAUUCAGGAAUUCUUUUAUUUCAAACACUUACAACAUCAAUAUUGUCCUGUCCCUUGAGUCCAUUUCUUGGAAGUGUAGUUUUUAUUGCUUCAUAUGCAAGACCAAUAAAAUUUUGGGAGCAAAUUAACAGCACUAAAAGACUUGACAAUACGAACACAAGACUUCAGCAUCAACUUGAAAAAGAUCCAGGAAAUUAUAUUGAUAAUUUGAGUUCAAUUUUCUAUGAGCAUCUUGCAAGAUCACUGCAGCAUUCUUUGUGCGGAGAUUUAACAUUAGGAAGAUGGGGCAACUAUUCUUCGGGUGACUGUUUUAUUCUAACUUCAGACUAUUUAAAUGCAUUUGUCCACUUGAUUGAAACUGGAAAUGGAUUUGUUACAUUUCAGCUAAGAGGACUCGAAUUUAAAGGAACAUACUGUCACCAAAGAGAGGUGGAAGCAAUUACUGAAGGUGAUGAGGACAACACUGGAUGCUGCUGUUUCCAAACUGGUCAUUUGCCACACGUUCUGUCAUGUAAUGCUGCUUUCAAUCUGAGAUGGCUAACAUGGGAAAUAACACGAAGCCAAUACAUUCUUGAAGGUUAUAGUGUAAUAUAUAGUAAUGCAUCAAGUCUUUUCCAGGUGUUUGACCUUCGCAAAAUCCUCAUCAAAUAUUUUGUAAAGAGCAUAAUAUACUUUACAGUAAAAUCACCAAAGCUAUUUUACUGGCUGAGAGAUGAAUCAAUGCAGAACGCAUUACAGCCAUACACAAGGUGGAAUCAUGUUGAAUAUGAUCUGGCAAUUUUCAACAUCAAUGUGGAUGAAGACUAUGUUCCAUGCUUGCAGGGUAUUACAAGAGCCAGCUUCUGUGGUGUUUAUCUGGACUGGAUUCAGUACUGUGCUAAAAGGGAAACUAAGAAAUUAGGCACUGACGAAGACUCUUUUUUGGUAACACUUUCCUUUGGACUGUGUAUUUUGGGUAGAAAGCUUCUUGCAGCAGCAACACAUCACAUACCUUUCAGUUUGGAUGCAUUUCUUCAUGGACUACAUUCCUUAUUUAAGGGACAUUAUCAAAUAUCCAGAGAAGAAGAAUGGGUCUUUGCAGACAUGGACUUAUUACACACUAUUGUUUCUCCAGCAAUUCGAAUGGCCUUGAAACUGCAUCAGAGUCAGUUUGCUUGUCCAGAAGAGUAUGAGGAUCCUUGUGCACUUUAUGAAGCAAUCAAGACGUUUGGGGAAAAGAUUGUAAUUUGUGAUGAAGAAGAUCCUGCAUGGAGGUCUGCUAUUUUGUCUAACGAGAAAGAACUGCUGACUUUAAGGCAUGUUGUUGAAGAUGGAAAUGAUGAUUACAUUGUCAUAAUGCUUCACAAAAGCUACCUUAAUUUCAAAGUUAUCAAGGUAAACAAGGAAUGUGUAAGAGGACUUUGGGCUGGACAACAACAAGAACUGAUCUUUCUUCGGAAUCGGGAUCAUGAAAGAGGAAGUAUUCAAAACAACAAACAUGUUUUAAGAAAUUUAAUUAACUCCUCCUGUAAUCAGCCUCUAGGUUAUCCCAUAUAUGUAUCUCCACUGACUACAUCUUACCUAGGGACACACAAUCAACUCAAGAAAUUAUUGGCUGGACCUGUUAAUUUUGAUAUUAUUACUUCAUGGUUUCAAACAAAGUGGCUCACUUUUGAUGUGGGCUCGUUAUAUACGUCAAUUGACCACACUUAUGGGUUGAAUGUCGUCGAUGUAGCCUUGGCCAACACCGAACUCUCCCUGGAUGCGAGUUGGCUUCUCCUCCACCUUUUAGAGGUUGUCCUGAGGAGAAAUUAUUUUCUCUUUGAGGACACCUUUUACCAUCAGAAGUGUGGCGUGGCCAUGGGGUCCAAUGUGGCCCCAACCUAUGCCAACAUGUUUAUGGCUGAGGUGGAGGACAGUGGUGUGAUUGCCAACAUCCUUAGAAAGGAAUGGCAUAUUUUACAACGGAAGUUACCCGAGAUUAAGGAAUUUUCUGUCCCUCCAAUCAUGGCUUACAAAAAGAAUGCCAAUUUACGGGAUAAACUGGUGAAAUGUGAUGUUGGUGGUCCAAAGGUGGAUCGGCAAUUAUAUCUGGCUCCUAAAAAGAAUGGAAAAAGAAAAUAUAGGAGUCAGUCAGCCUAUACACAUUCUUCCUUAAACCACAUACAUGUUCUUACAAGUCCCUCUGGACCAAACAUGGGUAAAUGUCAUCCUACCUGUACAGAUGAUUAUAAAGAUGUCAAAAGAUUAUCUUCUAGCCAUCACUGCUUAACAAAUUCUUCUCACUUCCAUUACCCUCCCACUGCUAUUUCUCCUGCAUCGAUAGCGAGGAGUAGUUGUGAACAACCAAGGGAGUUUCAUCAGUCUGGGCAAACAUCAUCUACCAACUCUACAUUGAGUUUUCUGUUUGGAAAGAAAGGAUUUUCAAGUGCAUUAGUUUUGUCUGGCCUUUCAGCUGCUGAUGGAGAUAAUACAGCUGAUACACUAUCUUCGAGUAGUGUUAAUAUAGCAGUGUGCUCAGAUUCUAAAGUGGCAAAUCAAUCUACGGAGGAGGAAAGCUCCUUAGAGGAGGUAUCGGAAGUCCUCCUCACUGCUGCUGCUGAUGAAGGACAUAAGAGGGCGCUCCUGCCUCUUGUUUUCUAA